UUGAAAUGACCUGGUAAAAUAAGCCUUCAAAAUCCAAUUGUUCGUAGUCAUUGCAGGUCUGAUUUAGAAGGAGGAGGAGAGUAGAAUUCAAAUUAAUUGGAAGCAUCAAUCGUGAUUUCAAAGGCAGCAGCACUUACAAAGCCUGUUCCCACUGUAAACAAAAGAAAGGUCGCGUGAAAGGUUGGUUAUUAAGUAUUAAUGGAAGAGACCAAAAAAGGAGGAGUUGGGUUUCCGAGGAUGAUGAAGGGUCCCUUUGGUGUUCCUGAAAAGCCAGAAUUCAAUGUUGGGUUGGAUGCUCCAUUGACCAAGCUCAAGAUGGAGCUUCUCAAUCGUCCUAAGUCCAUCAUUGUGCUCACUGGUUUUGGAGGAUCUGGGAAAACCACUCUCGCUACUUUGCUCUGUUGGGAUCAACAGAUCAGGGGCAAAUUCGGGGAAAAUAUAUAUUUUGUGACUAUCUCGAAAACGCCUAAGUUGAAGAUGAUGGUGGAAAGACUAUUUGAACAUCUUGCAUAUGAAGCACCUAAAUUUCAAAACGAUGAAGAGACAAUUAAUCAAUUGGAAAUUUUACUAAGGAAAUUGAAGGGAAGCCCAAUGUUGAUGGUUCUGGAUGAUGUUUGGCCUCACUCAGAAGAUCUGGUGGAGAAAUUUAAAUUCCAUUUAUCAGAUUAUAAACUUUUGGUGACUUCAAGGGUUGCAUUUCCAAGAUUUGGCACCCCAUGUGUCUUAAAACCACUCCUUCACCAACAUGCAAUCACCCUUUUCCGUCACUAUGCUCACUUGGACACCAACAGUUUAAAUAUUCCAGACCAAGAUACAAUCCAAAAGGUUGUGAAAAGUUGCAUGGGUUUACCAUUCGCCAUUAAAGUGAUUGGUAGGUCACUCAGUCAUGGACCAAACGAGUUAUGGAAAAAGAUGGUGUUGGAAUUGUCACAUGGUAAUUCCAUACUUCAUUGUAACACGGAAUUGCUAACCUACCUCCAUAAGAUCUUAGAUGUACUCGAAGAUAAUACAGUCACAAAAGAGUGCUUCUUGGACCUAGGGUUAUUUCCUGAACAUCAAAGAAUUCCUGUUACAGCUCUCAUUGACAUGUGGGUAGAGUUGUAUGGACUAGACAAUGACGGCAUAGAAGCAAUGGCCAUUAUCGACAAAUUAGAAUCCAUGAAUCUUGCUAAUGUCUUAAUAACAAGGAAGAAUACAAGUGACACAGACAACUAUUACUACAAUAACCACUUCGUCGUCCUUCAUGAUCUUCUAAGAGAGCUGGCAGUUUAUGAAAGCACCCUGGAACCAAUUGAAGAGAGAAAAAGAUUGAUCAUUGACACAAACGAAAAUCAAUGUGAAUUGGGGCUUGAUGAGAAGCAACAAUGCAUGGUGACCCGCAUAUUAUCAAAUUGUUUUAAAUAUUGUGUUAAACACAAACCCCAAAUGAUCACUGCUCGCACAUUGUCCACAUCAAUUGAUGAAAAUGGUCCUUCAUAUUGGUCACACAUGCAUCCAACCCAUGCAAAAGUUCUCAUUUUGAAUCUUCGAGUUAAUCAGUACUCCUUUCCAGAAUCCAUGAAGAAAAUGAGAAAACUAAAAGUUCUGAUAGUUACAAGUUACAAUUUCCAUCCUUCUGAGCUGACCAAUUUUGAGCUACUUGGCUCUUUAUCCAACCUGAAAAGAAUUAGAUUAGAAAGGAUUGCUGUUCUUUCAUCAUUUGUCACACUGAAGAGUCUUACGAAACUAUCCAUAUACAUGAGCCAAGCCUUUCAAAAUGGCCUCCUUCUAAUUUCAGAUGCAUUUCCAAACCUAAUGGAUUUGAGCAUUGACUAUUGCAAAGAUAUGGUGGUGUUGCCAAGUGGUUUGUGUGAUAUUAUCUCACUGAAGAAGCUCAGUGUUACUAAUUGCCACAAGCUCUUAGCACUACCUCAAGAAAUCGGAAAGUUGGUGCAUUUGGAACUGCUAAGGCUCAGUUCUUGUACCGAUCUGGAAGGGUUACCAGAUUCUGUUGGAAGGCUUCAAAAUCUAAGGCAUCUUGACAUCUCAAACUGCAUAAGCCUUUCAAAUUUACCAGAAGACGUUGGAAAAUUGAGUAAUCUGAGAAAUGUGAGCAUGAUAAAUUGUGAAAGGUGUGAAUUGCCAUACUCAGUUGUGAAUCUUGUGAAUUUGAAGACUGUAAGUUGCGAUGAAGAGACAGCUACUUCAUGGGAAGGGUUCAAAGCUAUGCUUCCGAAUCUACUGAUAGAGGUGCCUCAAGUUGACAUCAACUUAAACUGGCUUCAUUCAGUUAUUCACCAUACAAGAACUUGUUCAGAAUAUAUUUCAAAUUUUGACUCUCCUCGUACGUUUGCAGCUCUCAUUCACAAACAGGAAAACAUAUUCAUAGAAAGCAUAUUUCAAUUAAGAAAGGACUCGAAAAGUUGGUUAUUCAUGGAAGAGACAGCACAACAAAUGAAGCGUCCAUUUGGAAUUCCUGAAAAGCCAGAAUUCACUGUUGGGUUGGAUGAAGCAUUGAAGAAGUUGAAAAUGAAUGUUCUGAGCGAAGGUGUGUCCGUAAUGGUUUUGACCGGUGUGGGAGGAUCGGGGAAAACCACUCUGGCCACCAUGAUCUGUUGGGAUAAACAAGUCAUAGGUAAGUUCAAGGAAAAUAUUUUAUUUGUCACCUUCUCAAAAGCGCCCAAGUUGAAAAUUAUUGUAGAAAGACUAUCGGAACACUUAGGAUAUCAAGUGCCAGAGCUUCAAAGCGAUGGAGAUGCAAUUGACCAAUUGGUACUUUUGCUGAGGAAAAUUAAUGCAAAUCCAAUGUUGUUAGUCCUGGAUGAUGUUUGGCCUGGCUCAGAAACCGUUGUUGAGAAACUUAAAUUUCAGAUAUCAGAUUAUAAAAUUGUGGUGACUUCAAGGGUUGCACUUCCAAGACUUGGCACUUCACUCGUCCUAAAACCUCUUGUUCCUGAAGAUGCAACGACCCUUUUCCGAAACCAUGCUUUCUUGGAAAGAGAAAGUUCAAAUAUUCCUGACGAAGAUCAUGUCCAAAAGGUGCUUGUUCCUUCUUUGAUUGACAUGUGUUAUACACGCGAGGAUUUGAAAGUAGAGAGGAUUUGCAUUCCUUCUUCCUUUGUCACAUUGAAGAAUCUUAAAAAGUUAAGCCUCUACUUGUGUGAUACACGCGAGGCUUUCGAAAACAGUAACAUGCCAAUUUCAGACGCUUUUCCAAAUCUAGAGGAGUUGAAUAUUGAGUAUAGCAAAGAUAUGGUUGGAUUGCCUAAGGGACUGUGUAAUAUCACCUCCUUGAAGAUGCUAAGCAUUAGUAGCUGCCAUAAGCUUUCUUCAUUGCCUCAAGAAAUUGGAAACUUGGAGAAUUUGAAAGUUCUGAGGCUAAACUCGUGUACUGAUUUGGAAGAGAUACCAAAUUCUGUUGGAAGGCUUUCAAAUCUAAGGGAUAUGGACAUCUCAAACUGCAUAAACCUUCCUAAUUUACCAGAGGAAUUUGGUAAUCUAUGUAAUCUGAGAAUUCUGUGCAUGAGAAGUUGUGCAAGGUGUGAAUUGCCAUCCUCAAUCAUCAAUCUUAAGAAUUUAAAGGAGGUGGUAUGCGAUGAAGAGACGGCUUUUUCAUGGGAACCUUUCAAACCUAUGCUUCCAAAUCUGAAGAUAGAUGUUCCUCCACUUGAUGUAAACUUGAAUUGGCUUCAUGCAAUUCACUCCUAAUUAAUAUCUGUUUCAUACAAUUCUCUCUUCGUUUGCAAGUUGUGGUUGAAAGUAAAGGGAAGAAAUACGGCUUGGUUCUCACAAUGGAUUAUAGUUUUUAGUUCUAAAUCUAUGUUCUAGUUGGUUCCGGAGGGGACAAUAUUUGCCUUGUUCUUACAAAAUCCUAUAGAACAUGUCCAGGGAAAAACAGGGAAAGGAGUUGUUGAAUGUCAUUUGAUUCUUUCAUUUGUUAAUGCUGCAGAAAAACUGGUUUCAACCA